GCGCGUGCGUGUGUGAGUGUGUGUACAUGGUGUGUGUGUGUGUGGAUGGUUCAGAUGGUUCAGCAGUGAGUCUCCAGCUGCUGAGCGGAGCGCAGCGCGCGGCACAGCGGACUCUUUACCCACCUACUUUACCUCUUCAUGUGAAUGAGACUCUUGUAACGGAGACAUGGAGGGACAGCGCUGCUCUUUCUCUUUACGGGGAGUUGUAUCUUUAUCUGUGUGUUUGUUCAGCGUGCUGCUGCUGCUGGAGCCCGGGACCGCCGGUAUGCCACCUUUCUACCCAAUGAGUCAGCUGUGUAAGUUCUGUGAUGAGGAGCUGUCCUCCUGUAGCGGUACGGGGACCUGCAUGUCCAACUGCUCCAUCACAUCCAUCUGUUUUGACACCAACGAGGUCUGUGUCUCUAUCUGGAGGAAGAACGAGACAGUCUUCUCCAUCGAAACUCUGUGUCAUGACCCGUCCAAGCCGCUCUAUGGUAUUAUGCUGGAAGACUACAACAGCUCCACCUGUGUGAUGAAGGAGAAGAACAUAACGAGUGGGAUGGCUCACGUCUGCUCCUGUAGCGACGAGGAGUGUAACGACAAACUGUUGUUCACCCCCAGGAGGAAUGGAACAAGAAGGAGCAACCACAGUGAGCCGCUAGAUGAAGAGCUGCAUGUGACAGGCGGCACGCCUCCAACUUCUCCACAAGUUGUGGAUCCGACUCCGGACGAUCCCUUGGUGUCGGUGAUCCUGGUGAGCCUGCUGCCCCUGCUGGUGAUGGGGAUUGUGAUAGCCGGUAUGUGCUACUGGUACCGAGCCUAUCGCAAGCGUGUGAACCAAGAGUGGGAGAGCAGCCUUAAGAAGCGCAAGCCGAAAGCCGGCGGGCUGGACUGCAGCGACGCCUGCGCCAUCAUGAUGGACGACGACGGGUCAGACAGCAGCUCGACGCACGCCAACAACCUGAACCACAACACCGAGCCACUGCCCAUAGAGCUGGAUCUGCUGGUUGGAAAGGGUCGCUUCGCCCAGGUGUACAAGGCCAAGCUGAAGCAGACCACCUCAGAUCAGUUUGAGACAGUAGCUGUGAAGAUCUUCCCCUACGAGGAGUACGCCUCCUGGAAGAACGAGAAGGACAUCUUCUCUAAUACGGACCUCCGACACGAGAACAUCCUCCACUUCCUGACAGCUGAGGAGAGGAAGGUGGAGAAACAGUACUGGCUCAUCACUGCCUACCACCACAGAGGAAAUCUACAGGAGCACCUGACGCAUCACGUGCUCAGCUGGGAGGAGCUGCAGAUGCUGGGCUUGUGUCUGGCCCAGGGUGUCUCCCACCUUCACAGUGACCGCCUCCAGUGCGGACGCCCUAAGGUGCCCAUAGUCCAUCGAGACCUGAAGAGCUCCAACAUCCUGGUGAAGAACGACCUGACGCUGUGCCUGUGUGACUUUGGGCUGGCACUCCGAUUAGACAGCAGCCUCACUGUGGAUGACCUUGCCAACAGUGGACAGGUGGGUACGGCGCGUUACAUGGCUCCGGAGGUGCUGGAGGCCCGACUGAAUCUGGAGAAUAUCGAGUCCUUCAAGCAGACCGACAUUUACUCCAUGGCCCUUGUGCUUUGGGAGAUGACGUCGAGGUGUGAAGCAAUUGGAGAGGUGAAGGACUACGAGCCGGCGUACGGCUCUAAAGUGCGAGAGCACCCCUGUGUGGAGAGCAUGAAGGACAACGUGCUGAGAGACAGAGGAAGACCUGAGAUCCACGACACCUGGCUCAAGCAUCAGGGUGUGGCGGUGAUCUGUGCCACCAUCAUGGAAUGCUGGGACCACGACCCAGAGGCCCGGCUCACCGCCCACUGUGUCUCCGAGCGCAUCUCCGAGUUGGAGGACGAGAUGGACAAACUGUCCAGCCGCAGCUCGUCGGCGGAAAAGAUCCUCGCGGAGCUGAAGAUCCCGAUAGAGGUGGAGAUCCCGGAGCAGGAGGUGAAGAUCACAGAAAUACAGGACGUCAUAUCCGUGGACUGCUCCGUGAGCGACGAGAAGUGAGAGGAACGCUCCUACAUCGUCAUGGACUCUGAGGGAGAUGUUUUCCAACGAGGGCACUUAUUCUGCUUUGAUGGGAUUGAAGACGGGAAAUCUCAGUCAGCAGGGACGUUCAGGAGUUGAGCUCCUGCAUCCCAGGACUUUGAAUGAGUCACAGACAGUGUCAUAUCUUAUUGUAGCCCAGGAAAAAACGGGGACUCUUGGUGAUGCUUUUGGACUUCACCGCUUCUAAAAUAUAAUAACUUGCCUUAAUCAGCUGAAAAGCUAAAGAGCCAACAAGCCAAAGUUAACUGGAAGCUUCCAAAGAUGUGCUGAGCGUGGAGUCGAUGUUUCUUUAAGAGUUGGGCAGGCUUCUCUCUGAGCAGAAAGGUCACUCUCUUUAUGAGUAAUAAACAGGGCAAUAACUAUUUUUAACCCUCUGAGACCCACAAUAGACCCAUUUUUGUCUUUUUUAGGGGGGUACAAGGGGGUCUUUAGGGGGAGAUAGCAGGUCAGCAGUAGAUGCCACAUAGAAGUGGUGAGGUGAAGUGG